UCAGAACAUGGAAGUAUAGAAGUACGGUUUACAAAGCUAUGUAAAUUACAACUGCUGUUGCUUCACUUCAUUCAGUAGAUAUUUUUACACUCAAAACAUUGCUUUCAGAGACGACUUGAUGGAAGUAUAGCAGCCAGCAUUCAUACCUGCUGUAUCUCUCAUUCUACCGCGAUUGUUUCUUCAAGAAUUUUGCACACGACUCUCUUCUGUUUUCAUGCUCUGCCGCUAACCUAACGAUGGUUAGAGCGAAGUACUUGACUACACAGCCUUAGCCCACUCACUCUACUUCACUUACUUUUUACUCAAAACAUUCAGCUAAAAUCAUGAUCGUUCUAAGACAUUAAUGACUGGUAAUCGUUAUUUAAAAUUUAAAAAAAAAAGUAAAAAAUUUUCAACGGCUGCUUAGUGUUUUGUUUGUAUUUGAAAUAUUAGUUUAUUUAAUAACCAGAAAUAAAUAGGUUUAAUAGAUAAAGUGAAAAUGCUUAAACAUGUAAAAAUAAUUUAAUGAACCAUUCUGAUAAUUUUAUUUCAAUAAAGCAUUUAUAUAAAGUCAGUGUAUAUUUUUGAAAUAUGAAAUAAAUAAUGGUAAUAAGAAACAAGCCAACCAGCCCACUGAACAAGAAAUCUGUUAAAAGAUGUGAAUGUAGCUUUAGGCAACUAUGGUCUUUCAUAGUUUUCACAAUUCCAAAGCGCGGUUUUGAAUGAGAGACAGAGAGAGCAGGAGAGAAAUACCUAUUUAUCUAUAUAUCUCUCGCUGAACAUUUUAACAACAUUCGAUACGGGAAGUAGCGAAAUGUCUUCUAUCACACUAAGAGCGGCGGUGAAUUUUUGAAAACUUCAGUAUUCUUCAAACAAUUCUACAACUUUCCUCCUUUCCCUGACUCACACGCUCGCCAAGCUCAAUUAAUAUCGUCCGACGGGGUUUGAUCUCAGAAUCGACGCUCUUACAAUUUGCAUUCGGCAGCUGUAACGGAAACAUACGAAUGUAGCCGAAGUGUGUGUUGGUAUAAUGGCUGACAGUGGACUGUACUCACGGACUACUACAGUGAUGUACAGGGAGUUUAAGUUUUCUUGAUAGAAUAUGGAAAUGUGAGCCAUGAGCUCGUGUGAACAAACGGAAGAUAAUAUAAGUGAUAGUGAGGUGGCUCAUUAUUACAAACCAGCCCAACAUCCUGCUAAGGAGUUAUUUGGGUUGGCAGCUCUACUUUAUGAAGGUGGUAGAAGAAAUGAUGGAUUGAAAGCAGCCGAUAUUGUUCCAAUUCUUAGAGAAAGAGUUGCAUAUCUUUCAGGUGGCCGAAAUAAGCAAGGUGGCCCAAUUUUGACAUUCCCUUCACACACUCAUCCUGAAAGAUUAAAAUAUGAAGAUUUACGACGACUCAUGACCUAUCUUGCCAGUGUGCCAAGUGAUGAUGUCCGAGAGCAAGGAUUUACCAUCAUUCUUGAUAUGAGAGGUUCCACAUGGCAAACAGUAAAACCUAUACUUAAAGCCUUGCAGGAAUGUUUUCCUGGCAAUAUUCAAAUGGCAUUCAUUAUCAAGCCUGAAAAAUUUUGGGAGAAGCAAAGAACCAGUUUGGGAAGUGCCAAGUACAACUUUGAAACCAAUAUGUUAUCAGUUGAUAAUCUUUCCAAAUUUAUCGAUUCAUCUCAGCUUACGAGAGAAUUUGAUGGUACUCUGGAUUAUGAUCAUGAACAGUGGAUUCAACUCCGAUUGAUGUUGGAGGAAUUUAUCUGGAAAGCAUUAGACCUUCUAGACAAACUCGAUGAGUUAGCAGAAAUCCUGACAUGUCCAGAGUUACCUGAUGAUUUAAAUGGUGCCCAGAUUCAGUUAGAGCACCACAACCAGCUGAAGAAAAGAGUCACCAAAGCUCCAGUUGAACAAUUGACAAUGGAAGGGCAUCACAUUCUGAAGACAAUCACUGGAGAAGAAGAUAAUUUAUCUGGUGAAUAUUGCUCUAGUCAUAAACUCUUUGUGAUAUCUGGAAAUGCUGAUUUCCAGAGUGCUGUCCCUCAGAUUUCUCACCUUUUGGACAAUCUCCAGUCGACUAAGCAGCACCUAAAUCAGUUGUGGAUAAAUAAAAAAGCUCGACUUGAACAAUGUCUACAGCUGCGGGUAUUUGAGAAUGAUGUGGAGAAGAUGUUUGAAUGGAUUUCUCAUAACAGAGACAUGUUCCUAAUAAAUUACACAGAAAUUGGCCCAACCCAUCAAAUGGCAUUGGAUUUAGACCAAGAACAUAACCAAUUUGCUGCCAGUGCAAUGGACAUGUACAUGAAUAUUAACCGCAUCUUAGGUGUUGCUCAGCGGCUGUGUGAUACUGGUCAUUAUGGUGCCAAUGAAAUCCGCCAACAGGCCAGCAAACUGGAGAGGGAUUGGAAGACUUUAGCAGCAGCUGUUGAUGAUCGUAGCACUGUCCUUAGUAUGUCUGUGAUUUUUCAUAAACGUGCAGAACAGUAUCUUGCUCAAGUCCAUGAGUGGAGGCUAGCCUGUGAGAGUCCUCAGAUUCCAUCAUCCAUUAAAGACCUAGAGGAAGCCUUACAACAACACCAGACAUUAAUUGAAACCAUCAGCCAAGCCUAUGCUGAGGUAUGUGCUGAUGGGAAGGCAUUAUUGGAUACACUUCAAACGCCAGUUACUUCAAGUAGUAACAAUUCUAUUACAGCCAAGGCUGAUUAUUCAGAAGCAGCAGGACAUGUCCUAGAUGUUAUUCAUGAUGUUCUAGCUCAUCAACGUCAUUUAGAACAUCUGUGGCAUAACAAGAAAGUGAAGUUGCACCAGCGGUUAGGUUUGCGCUUGUUUCAGCAAGACGUCAAACAGGUGAUUGAUUGGCUUGAUAACCAUGGUGAUGUUUUCCUGAAGAAAAAUACAUCUAUAGGAAAAACUUUGCAAAGGGCUAAAGCUUUACAAAAGAGCCACGAGCAUUUUGAAUCUGUUGGACAAAACACAAUAACAAAUGCUGAUAAACUACUAGCUGCUGCUGAUGAACUUGCUCAAACUGGUGAAUGUGAUCCCAAGGAAAUAUACAGUGAAGCCCAGGAACUUGAAGAGCGCAUGCAUGAUUUCAUCACUGCUCUGGAAAGGAGAAGGGCUAUACUUGAUAUGACUGUCUCAUUUUAUACACAUGUUCAUGAGUUAACAUCUUGGCUAGAAGAAUUGCAACAAGAACUGCAAAGUUCAGAAAUAGCUGAUACAGUGGAAGGAGCAGAGCACUUAGUAACACAGUUCAAUGAUCAAAGGGAGACAACUAUUGAAGCAGCUAUUAGUACGGUCAGAGAAGGAGAAAGUUUACUUGAACGGAUAAGACUUCAGCGGCUUGUUGGGUGCAGCCAGUGCUGUCACUUGCGCCACCAGCGAAUUGAUGUUACUUCCACAAUGCACAAAGGUGGUUUUGGAAUGGAUCCAGAAAAAGUCAACCCAAAUUCUGAUUAUUGUCAUAUAGAAGGUGUUCUACAACAACUUAAUGAAAGUCGUGCACAGUUGGAGGAACUAUGGGCCACCCGCAAACGGAAAUUGGAUCUGUGCUUAAAAUUACGUCUUUUUGAAAGGGAUGCAUUAGAGGUAUCGUCACAAUUGGAGUUAUGGGCAGAAGAACUACAGCACAUGGAAAUGUGCAAUGAUCCAGCAAAAGCAGAACAGAUCUUACUGAUGCACACAGAAAAUUUAUUGCACAUGCAGAACUGUACAUUCGAAGUUCUGCAACGAGGUCAAGAGCUUUGUCAGUUGUUUGAAAACACAGGUGUGCAAUUAAUGGCUGAUUCACAAUAUGAUGCUCAGACUAGAAUCCAACUAUUGCUGGAAUAUUUGCAUGAACGAGAAUUGGAUUUAGAGAAUUUGGCUGAAAGUCGUCGCAUUCGUCUGGAGCAAUGUGUCCAGCUACGUAAUUUUGAGUAUGAAACCAGGCAGGUGGUUUCUUGGAUUCAAAAUGGAGAGACAAUGUUGACUGCCAGUUUUAUGUGUCCAGAUAAUUUAAUGGAAACUGAACAACUGAAGAAAGAACAUGAAAAGUUUAUGUUGGCUAUUGAGAAAACACAUGCGAAUGUGAUCCAAGUCACUCAAAAGGCAGAGAGCAUGAUCCAAAGCAACCAUUACAAUUCUGAAUUUGUACGUGUUAUCGCAGAAAAUAUGAAUUUGGUUUGGCAACAGCUAAUGUAUCAUGCUGAAGAACGUCACAAACUUGUAAUGGCAUCAAUGACUUGGUAUAAAACAGCUGAACAAGUUUGGUCAGUUUUAGAAAGUUUAGAUCGAGAUUAUAAACGAGAUGAAGACUGGUGUAGCACAGACAAAGCUAACUGCACUGACAAAGCUGCAUUCUUAGUACAAGCAAUCAAUAAGCAUAAUGAACAAAAGGAAGCCUUUCUUAAGGCUUGCACUUUAGCCAGACGUACAGCAGAGACAUUCUUAAAAUAUGUCAACCGCAACCUUCACACUUUGGGAAUGGAUGUGAAGUACAGAAAUCCAGAAUCUCAUGUAAAAGCAACUCUUGAUCAAUUACUACAACAGGAAAAUGCUGUGAUUGAAUAUUGGACUGUAAAGAAACGAAAGUUAGAACAUUGUCAUCAGUAUGUCCUUUUUGAACAAAGUGCCAAACAGGCAUUAGACUGGAUUCAUGAUUCAGGCGAGGCAUACUUGUCAACACACACAUCUGUUGGUGAAACCAGAGAAGAAACAGAGUCACUGUUAAGAGAAUACUAUGAGUUUCGUGGCAGGGCCAAGGAAACUAAAGAAAAUGUCAGUCUUUUGCUUCAACUGGCUGAUGGUUUUGUUUCUAAAGGCACAUUUCAUGCCAGCAGCAUCAUGGCAUGGUGUGCUGCUGUAGAUAAACGAUAUAAAGACUUCUCUUCUCGCAUGGAGAAAUACAGACAAAAACUAGAAGGCAAACUCGGUGUCACAAAUGAAACUGAGAAAGAAGACAGGCAAAGUGAUCCUUCAAUUGAAGAAAAACUUCAACAGCAUGCUCCUAAGGAACUUACUGAAGAAAAAAGAAAGUCUGCUAGACGACGAGAAUUUAUCAUGGCUGAAUUACUACAAACUGAGAGAUCAUAUGUGAAAGAUUUAGAAACUUGUAUGAAGUAUUACAUGGGUGAAAUGUUAAAUCAACAAAAUAAUAUUCCACCUGGCAUUGAAAACAAAACUGAAACAAUAUUUAGUAAUAUUAGAGAAAUAUAUGAAUUCCAUGACAAAACAUUCUUAAAAGAGUUAGAAAAAUAUGAGACUAUUCCGGAAGAUGUUGGGCAUUGUUUUGUCACAUGGGCAGAAAAGUUUUCUAUAUAUGUACUAUACUGCAAAAACAAGCCAGAUUCAAGUCAGCUUCUUAUGGAACAUGCUGGGACUUUCUUCGAGGAAAUACAACAAAAACAUAAACUGAGUGAACCAUUAUCAUCGUAUUUGAUCAAACCAGUUCAAAGGAUCACGAAAUAUCGAUUGCUUCUAAAGGAUUUGCUUUCCUGUUGUGAAAAUGAUACUGGAGAAAUUAAGGACGGGCUCGAUGUAAUGGUGAAUGUGCCAAAGAAAGCUAAUGAUGCCAUGCAUUUAAGCAUGCUAGAAGGUUUAGAGGAUAAUUUAGAAGCUUUAGGUGAAGUACUUUUACAAGAUAACUUUACAGUCUGGGAACCAAAGAACUUGAUAAAGAAAGGAAGAGAGAGACGUAUCUUCUUAUUUGAGAUGUGUCUCGUGUUUGCUAAAGAAAUUAAAGACAGUAAUGGAAAAUCAAAAUAUAUGUAUAAAACCAAGUUACUUAUUUCAGAAAUCAACAUCACUGAACAUAUAGAAGGUGAUGAAUGCAAGUUUGCACUUUGGACAGGAAGAGCACCAAUUUCUGAUUACAGAAUAAUUUUGAAGGCAUCAUCACUGGAUACAAAACAACAGUGGGUGAAAAAGAUGAGAGAGUUAAUUCAAGAACGUCUUGUCUAUAUGCACUCUGCCUUGAAAGAACCUCUAACAAAAUCUGUCGCAGCACCAAAGAUGUUUGUUAACAGAACAAGUCGGGAUAUGGAAAGUGACACAACAUCUCUAGAUGAAGUCCAUAUUGAACGUCGCGCUAGUCUGGUGUCAGUGAACUCCAACACCACCACUGCCACAACAGACAGUAGCAGUAGCAGUGGCAGCAGCAACAGAUGUUCUUCAGAUGUUACAGUUGUCAUUGUUGACUAUUCAGCUACAUCUACAUGGGACCUGAGUGUUCAGAAGGGUCAACAAGUAGAACUAAUAGAUGUUUGCCCUCCUGGACAGCCGGAUUGGUGCCUUGUGCGUACAUUACCUACUGAGGUGAAAGAGCCUUGUCAAGGUCUUGUUCCAAUGUCUGCACUUAAACCGGUUCCAAUUUUGAAAGUAUCAUCUGCUGCAGGGACGCGCACAAGUGCUGACUUAGAUGAUUCCUCCAGUAAUUCCAAUGAGCCAAGUCCAAAUGCUUCAAAUGCUUCACUUAAUAAUUCUUCAGCAUCCCCUGUUACCAAAAGACGCAGUAGUUUCCGGAUGCCAAAAUUCAAAACCAGGACCAUGCCUACUUCAGCAAAACCGACAAGGAAAUGGUUGAUAGAUCCAGUUCGUAAAUUAAGUCACAGCAAAAUAGAGAAAGGUGGUCUGGAGAAACACACAGUACCACCAUUUGAACUGAAAGCUGACAGAAUACAGAAGAAAACUGUUGCUAACCUCUCCGCUAUGAAGGAGGCCUCUGAUAGCACAGAACUAAUCCAACCUCAAAUCGCCAUGGUUACCCAGAAGUCUGCUCUUGAAGUUACAAGUGAAGAGGAUCCAGAAUCAGCAUAUGAUAUUGAAAUGCCACCUCCAAUGGCAAUCCAAGAGCACACAUUUGCUGCAACCCAGCCUUCAACAUCAGAUGAAAGCCACACAAAGCUAGCCUCAACACUUUCUCUGAAGGCACAAACAGAUGCUGCAACAGCAGCAGCUAGUGCUGUAGACUUGGCUACAGCACUAGAAAACAUUGUCAAACAGAAGAUGGAACAAACUGAGCCUGGUUCAACAUCAGCUUCUUCAUCAUUAACUCAAGCUAAUACCACUACUACUAAUACUACAACUAGCACAACUGCUGGAAGUGGAGAUCAAUCAGAAACAACAGAAGAGCAGACAAAGGGUUCGAGUGGUGGUGGGGGAGGAGGAGGCAGCAGCAGCAGCGGAGAUGUAGCAAAUAAAGAAAAAUAUAUUCUUAAAAGAAAUUAUGUGAUAAAAGAGUUGGUUGAAACUGAGAAGGAUUAUGUUAAAGACCUUGGUCUUAUUAUUGAGGGCUACAUGGGCUACCUAAAAGAGAAUCCAUUGAGAGACGGCAUGGAAGGAAAGGAUAAGAUUAUAUUUGGUAAUAUUCAUCAGAUAUAUGAUUGGCAUCGAGAAAUAUUUCAACCUGAAUUAGAAAAAUGUAUAGAAGAACCUGAUAAGUUAGGAUCUGUGUUUGUAAGAUAUGAAAGACGGUUGUAUAUGUAUGUAAAAUAUUGUGAAAACAAACCAAAAUCUGAUUUUUUAGUUGCAGAAUAUAUAGAUUCAUUUUUUGAGGACAUCAGACAAAAAUUAGGUCAUCGACUUCAGCUUCAAGACCUGCUUAUCAAACCUGUUCAAAGAAUUAUGAAAUAUCAGCUUUUAUUAAAGGAUAUUUUAACACAUACUCAGAAAGCUGGUUUGGAUACUGCUGACAUACAGAAGGCUGUGACUGUGAUGUGUGUUGUACCAAAAGCUGCAAAUGAUAUGAUGCAGGUUGGCCGCCUACAAGGGUUUGAUGGUAAAUUAACUGCACAAGGAAAGUUAUUGCUUCAGGAAACUCUACUGGUUGGUGAAGUCACAGAAGGUAGUCACUCCAAAUUUAGAGAAAGACGAGUGUUUCUUUUUGAACAGAUCAUCAUUUUUAGUGAAGUGAUUGAGGACAAGAAAAGGGGCAGUUUUUCUGAUGCCAAUUAUAUUUAUAAAAACAGUGUAACGGUUAAUAAAAUGUCUAUGAAUGAAAAUGCAGAAGGAGAUGAUUUAAAAUUUAUACUUAUCGAUAGAACACCUGAUAGUAAUAUGAAAUAUAUUAUUCAAGCACCUACAGAAGAAAUCAGAGAUGAGUGGAUUGCUCAAAUCCGUUCUAUAUUAGAUAUGCAGGGCGAUUUCCUACGAGCUCUUCAAUCACCAAUUGCCUAUCAGAAAGAACGGACAAAAGAGCUAUCAACACCUGAUUUUGGAACACUUGCUAAAGAAGCUCUCUUAAAGAAUUCUGGUAAAGCCCAAGCCAAAUUAAACCACUUACAAACUGCGCACACUAUUCCAUCUAGUGGUAUUAGUUCAAAGAAUAAAUCCGGCCGAUUAGAGACAUCCAAACAUGCAAGAUGUCGAUCUGUACCAGGUCCCUGGCCAACAGAUGUUACUCAUUUAGAGGACCAAGUCGGAACACGGGAAGACCAAUUUUCUUGCCCAAAUUCUCCAUUAGAUUCUAAACAAAUGACACUUGAUUCAAAAAAACCUACAGACUUGAAGAAAAUUCCAUCGUCUUCUUCAUCUCCAACAAACAGUCAGGUGGGAUCUCCAAAACCAAAGAAAACGAUUUUUGAAGGAUUCCGAAAUACUUUACGAAAGUCAAAAGGAGAUCUUUCUGGGACAAAAUCAUCUGAAAGUUUCACUAAUGCUCAUUCCAUGCCUGAUAUUGUACAAGAAAAUAAAGAAAGAUCUAACAGUGAUUCUAUAAGUUCAAAAACCAUUGGAAUGGACAUUAGCCAAUCAGAUUUAGAAACAAUUCCGAGUGGUGGUGAUGGUGGCAACUAUUCAUUAGCCAGAGUAAUUGCUGACUACAGCGCUAUCAAGGAAGACGAAAUCUCCGUCAACAAAGGAGAGAAAGUUCAAAUCUUAACAACAAACCAAAAUAAUAUGUUUCUUGUCCACAGAGCAGCUAAUGAGGUUUCACCAGCAGCUGAAGGAUGGAUUCCAGGAGUUGUCUUAGGCUCAGUUGAUGAAGGUGGAAGUCUCAAAAAAACAUCAUGGCAAAUGUUCAAGUUACGUAAAUCUAGUUUGAAGAGAGAAUCUGACAGCAAAAAUACUUUGGAACGGAAAAGUAGAAGUUUGGGUCGAGAUGGCAAACUACCAUCAUCAACAUCAAAAAUGAGUAGUUCCGAUUUUAUUUAUGAAGUUGCACCAACCAUUCAGCAGGCUCUCGCUGAUAUAACAGUAAACGCAGGAGAAGAGGCUGUGUUAACUUGUCGUAUCUGUGGUCGCCCCAGACCAACUAUCACUUGGAAGUCUCCAGAUUCCAACACUGUGAUACCGAGUGCAAGAACUUCAAUUAGUUACUGUGAUGAGAAUGGUGAGGCACGGUUGCAAAUAUCUGAUGUGACCAUGUUAGAUGAUGGAGAAUAUUUAUGUAUUGGCAGCAGUGAUCUGGGCACAGUGAUGAGUAGAGCUUCAAUUACAGUCAUUGAUCGACCAGCAGCUCCUGGCAAGCCUGUCAUACGCAAUCAGGUAGGAACAGUGGUACAUUUAGAGUGGACACCUCCAUUACAGUCAAAAUCUGGACAGGUUCAGGGCUACACUGUUGAAUACAGGUUUUGUGGUAACUCAGACAGUAAUUCUGCUGAAUGGCAAACUGCAAUCCCACAUGUACAGACCACAUCACAAGUAGUGGAGGACCUUGUCCCAGGUUCAACGUAUCAGUUCCAGAUUAAAGCUACUAAUGCUGUUGGAGUGAGUGAGCCAGGUUUAGCCUCUCAACCAGUUGUAAUACCAACAGAGUCAGAAUUAAGCGGUCGUGAAGAAAUGGUUGGUGCCAUUUGGAAAGCAACAUUUCAUUAUGAUUACAAUGAACUUGAGGAACUUGGCAGAGGUCGAUUUGCUGUGGUCAAAAGAUGUGUCCAGAAAUGCUCAGGACAGGAGCUGGCUGCCAAAUGUAUCAACCGCAAGCACUUAUCCAAGGAAGCUAUUGAAACAGAGUUUAAUACGUUACAAAGUCUUUUUCACACGCAUUUAGUUAAAGUGUUCGAUUUAUAUGAGACAAAAACAAAUUAUAUCUUGCUAAUGGAGAUCAUUCCUUCUGGUCGUUUGUUUGAAUUUAUCUGUAUCCGAGGACAUUUCGAUGAACUACAAGCUGCUGAAUAUGUCCAACAAAUACUGGAUGCCAUUCAAUAUUUGCACAACUGUCGGAUUGCUCAUCUGGACAUUAAGCCUGAAAACAUUGUGGUUGACUGCGGCCUAAAUUCCGGUGUCAAAUUAAUAGACUUUGGUGAUGCUCGUCACAUCUACAAUAACUACUACAUCCACCCUGUAGUAGGUAACCCUGAGUUUAUGGCACCAGAGCUGGUCAGUGGAACUCCUGUAGGGCUACUCACUGAUAUCUGGAGUAUGGGCGUAAUACUCUAUGUCUUACUAAGUGGAGUUUCACCUUUUCUGGAUGAAAGUCAGGAAGAGACCUGUUCAAAUAUCGUUCGUAACGACUAUAGUUUUCCCGAUGAAUAUUUUGCUGGAAUAUCACCUGAAGCAAAGGAUCUUGCCCGGUCAAUGUUGAUGGAAGAUAUGAAUAAACGACCAUUAGCUCAACACUGUUUAGAGAGUCCUUGGAUCAAGAAAGCUAGCAUCUCUCGAACAUCACCUCUUCGACCCAAACCUAUUUCAACUACACGCCUUGCUGAUUUUGUAGAGAGAAGAAAGCAUCAGAGCGAUACACUGAAGUGAGGGCUGUGUGCUGUAGUGCUGACAUCAUAUUGACCAUCUUCCUCACUACUCUGAUCUCAAUAAACUGUUCCCGUCUGCUGUCUCAGAUGUGCCUCAACUCAAUUGCCUCAUCCACUACUGAGUGACACUCAAAACAUGCUCCCACCAACACGACCAUCUUUUUUUUUUAUACCCCUUUCUUCCACUGAUGCGUGUGUCCCAUCCCCACCCACUUUGUUUUUCAAAAUCUCACCCGACUGACUCCACUCCAAACGACUUAAAUACCUUUUCAAUCAUCAUGUGUCACUGCAUCUUGUCAGACCAGUUCUAUAUUGAUUAUCGGCU